AUGAUACGUUUGAUAAUUCAGGUACUACUCAUUGUCACAGUAACAUCUUUAGUAGAAUCUGAAGGUGACAAUGAAUCUAAACUAUCAUCUAUACUUCUUCCGUCCAAAGACAACGCCAGAAUAACAAGAAGUUAUUACGAACGUUACGGCUACGGCCGGCCCUACGAUCGACUGGAUGAUAGACGCUGUGGGCGAUGUGAUGAUGAUGAUGACAGCGAUGAUGAUAGAGAUGACAGACGCUCCAAGAAGCCUAUAUACGGCAGCCGACACGACAGAAACAGGGACGAAGAUGAUAAUGACGAUAAACGAUAUAAUACAGAUAGAAGAAGUAGUAAAAACGAAACAGAUGAUCAGAGUGAUGAUAAGAGUCAUGAUGAUAAAGAUAGACAUAGGGAUAGGCCGAGGAACAGACACAGGAACCGAUAUGAUGAUAGAGAUAGAUAUGGACCGGAUUAUUAUGACAGGUUUUUGAGAGAUAGGAAUAGGGACAGAUAUGAUCGAUACGACGAGCCAUACCCACGUCGACCGUUGUAUGACAGAAAUGCCUACUCCUAUGACGACGGCUAUGGUAGAUACGAUGGAAAUAGGCGACCUGCAUAUUAUGAUGACAGAUACGACAGAUAUGACGAUGGCUACGGUGGCUACGGGCCAGGUGUAGGAGCUGGGCCGCAUGACAGUUUCAGACCAUGGGAUGAGACGUACCGAGGUCAGUCGGGUUGGGAUGCAGGUGGCCGUGGGUAUUACUUUGCAUCUGGUAGACCUGAUUCCUCUGCUUGGAGUCAGCGGGAUUAUGCUAGACCACAAUCCUCUGGCGGUUGGCAGAGCGGUUACCAAAGUAACCCGAGUUACUCCAAUGACUAUGCCUCAGGGUAUAAUUACAAAGAUCCAUACCGCGGUACCAGUGCAGCCAGCUACGGUUCUGGCUAUGGGGGCUACCAGGACGUAGGUUACGGCCAGUCCAGUGGCUGGCGAAAUGUUGGUGAAACCAGGCGGCCGUAUAGAGAUGAAAGCAAUUUGGGUUUUGCAUACAGAAGUCCAGCUUAUGAUAACUAUCAAAGCCAGAACGCAUUUUACCCUGGAGAUAGAAGAUAUGGUUCCAGUGGGGCCCAGACUGUAUAUGGACAAACAGGAACCGAAAGACGGCCGUAUAGAGAUGAAAGUGGAGUUACGAAGCUGGACACGCAGUACAACCAGGUGGCUGACAAUCGCUAUGGCAGACCAAGCCAGCCAAGUUCAUAUCAACCGUUGUCGACCUUCAGCCAGAGUACAACUCAAACCAGCUAUCUUCUUGGCAGAGAAGACCAACUUGUCAAAGUGGAUGAUUCCACGCAAAAAGACGCUCAAUAA